AAAAUGUUCUCUUUCCCUACUCACCUGCUCACCCACUCCUCUCUCUCUCUCUCGCUGCAGCUCGUUCGGAUCGAAUAUCUAAUCGUCUCCCAGAAAAGCCACUUCUGAUAUGAAUACUUUGAAGCAGCUUCUGCACACCAAACAUUGUUUUAGUGGUUUCACAAAGUAUUGUAGAGCACUACGUGCUUCGUACAUCCAUUCAGCCCCAGAUGCGUCAGUGGAAGUUCAUUCUCCACAGCAGGAAGUAGCGAUUGCUUUGGGAAGCAAUGUGGGGGACAGACUACAUAAUUUCAAUGAAGCCUUGGAGUUGAUGAACAAAGCAGGCAUAUGUAUUACAAGACAUGCUUGUUUGUAUGAAACAGCUCCAGCCUAUGUGACUGAUCAGCCUCACUUUCUCAACUCUGCAGUUAGAGCUGUUACUAAACUUGGCCCACAUGAAUUAUUGGGAGUGCUCAAGAAAAUUGAAAAGGAUAUGGGACGUACUGAUGGUAUAAGGUAUGGUCCAAGGCCAAUUGACUUGGAUAUAUUGUUCUAUGGAAAGUUCAAGGUCCACUCUGAUAUUCUUACUAUACCACAUGAAAGAAUUUGGGAGAGACCAUUUGUAAUGGCCCCUCUAAUGGAUUUGCUGGGAUCAGCUGCUGAUUGUGAUACUGUUACUGGUUGGCAUUCCUUUUCACUGCAUUCUGGUGGGAUUUUUGAGUCAUGGGAUAAAAUGGGUGGUGAAUCCCUUAUUGGGAAGGAAGGUAUGAAAAGGGUUUUGCCCAUUGAAAAUGAGUUAUGGGACUGGUCACAGAGAACCUCUGUCAUGGGUAUACUUAAUGUGACCCCAGAUAGUUUUAGUGAUGGAGGAAAGUUCCUCUCUGUGGAGGCUGCAGUUUCUCAGGCCCGCUUGAUGAUUUCUGAAGGAACCGAUAUGAUUGAUAUUGGUGCUCAAUCUACACGUCCAACGGCCUCUAGGAUAUCUGUUGAAGAAGAACUAGAUAGACUAAUCCCUGUUUUAGAAGCUGUUAUUGGGAUGCCUGAGGCAGAGGGAAAACUCAUAUCAGUGGAUACUUUCUAUUCAGAAGUUGCUUCAGAAGCAGUCAGCAAAGGGGCUCAUCUUGUAAAUGAUAUAUCUGCUGGGCAGUUGGAUUCUAACAUGCUUAGGGUUGUUGCAGGCCUUAAGGUUCCAUAUGUUGCAAUGCAUAUGAGGGGGAACCCAUCUACUAUGCAGAAUAGCGAAAACCUGCAGUAUGAUGAUGUUUGUAAGCAGAUAGCUUCUGAGUUAUACUCGAGGGUUAAGGAUGCAGAAUUAGCAGGUAUUCCAGCUUGGAGGAUAAUUAUUGACCCUGGCAUUGGAUUCUCAAAGAAAACUGAACAUAAUUUGGACAUCCUAAUGGGAUUACCAAACAUUCGUGCAGAUAUUGCAAGGAAAAGUUUGGCUGUGUCUCAUGCUCCUAUACUGAUUGGACCCUCCAGAAAGAGAUUUUUAGGUGACAUUUGCUAUCGAACUGCUGCAGAAGAGAGAGAUCCUGCCACCAUUGCUUCUGUCACAGCCAGUGUUUUAGGUGGAGCAAACAUUGUAAGAGUACAUAAUGUAAGAGAUAAUCUAGAUGCUGUGAAGGUCUGCGAUGCAAUGCUGAAACAGAGGAGAUCUUACAUCAUCACAUGAUUUAUGGCAAUAGAUGAUCAUUUCACUUUUUUUCUUUAGUGGGCAAUUUCUCUUUAUAUUUUUUUCCCUUUUCUCCAAGCUGCUGGGUCGGUAAUAGAAGACCAGAAGGCUAUCAUGGGAAACGUCUGUUUUACAUGAUGUUAAUUUAGCCCUGGUGUCAACCUACGAAAGUGCAUGGCAUUUCCCAGAGCCUGUCUUUUUCCAUUUUCUUCUCCUUUUACAAACCUGUACUGAAAAUUGAACAAAAUUUUAUUAUAUUGUUGUUAUUCAUUGGUAA